AUGGCUUCUAUUCUGAAUAAAACACAAGAAUGUCGUCGACAAAUGUCGUUUCAACAAAUGAAGGAUCUCUUAAAACAACAUCCAUGUGCAUUCGAAAACAGCAUUGGAAUAUAUCAUUCACGUAUACGACGUGACGUUGAUCCAAAUACAAUUGAUAUAAAAGCCAUCCAUGCAACUGUCAAUGAUCAUCGUACAAUGAUUAAUUAUUUGAUUAAUAAUUCAGUGAACACGACUAUGUUGGGUGAAGCUAUUCUAGAUCAUCAUCGUAAAGCUGGUCCAAUAUUGUCAAGUUGGCGAGAUAUAUUUCAUGUAUUAUUUAUCAUUAUUCUCAUUGGAUUUAUUGUUUAUGUGUUGAUCUGUCGCACAGGUCUCUUUCCACAGAACUAUUGUAUUUCCAUUUUUUCAAGUUGUUUUAUAUCGGAGAUAAAAGAUGAAGUUCAACAGCAACGUGAACAACUUGAACAACAACAACAAAAAGUACAAGAAUUAAUGAAACAACUGAUUGAACAACAAAAGAAAAUAAAAACAGUACCACUAUCCCACCGGAGACGUGAUCUUCCAUCAACGAAUUCCUAUUCGAAUGAGACAAUUCACCACAAUAGAGGUUACAUGUCUGAUUAA